AUAGCAGCAAGCAACAUUUCCUCGCAAUGAAUUGGGUCUGUGUCAUGCCAAGACAACCCAGGGCGGUGCAGCGCCCAUGCAUACACUUGCAUUCUAAAAGCCUGGCAACUCAUUUCGUGCUGCAACUUACUUGAUUGAGCACGCAACAUAUCAACCUAAUUGCAAGCAGUCCUCGCAUGGCCACGGCGCUUCUAUUUUCCUCUUGCUCGCGAAGGGUCGGGGUGCAAGUCUUUGCACGUAGUGCAAGCACAAUGGCGGACAAGCCCAUUGCAGCCGCAUUACAAGAUGUGCUCUCUAGGAUGAAGCAGGCGACGGAGCGUGCAAACCGGACCCACCCGGUUCGGCUGGUGGCGGUGAGCAAGACCAAGCCCGCGGAGGCGCUGCAGGAGGCGUACGACGCCGGGCAGCGCGUGUUCGGCGAGAACUACGUGCAGGAGAUGCUGGACAAGGCGCCGGCGCUGCCGGGCGACGUGCAGUGGCACUUCAUCGGCCACCUGCAGUCCAACAAGGUCAAGGCCGUGCUGGAGGGUGUGCCCAACCUAGCGAUGGUGGAGACGGUGGACUCGGCCAAGCUCGCCGACAAGCUGAACAAGACGCUCGAGACGGUCAGCGGCCGCACCGCCCCGCUGGCCGUCAUGGUGCAGGUCAACACCAGUGGCGAGGAGUCCAAGUACGGUGUGGAGCCGACCGAGUGCGUGUCGCUGGCCAAACACAUAGCGCAGAACUGCCCCAAGCUCCGACUAGCGGGGCUGAUGACCAUCGGCAUGCCCGACUACUCCUCACGGCCCGAGUGCUUCAUCUGCCUGUCGGGCUGCCGCGACGCCGUGGCGACCGAGCUGGGUCUGCGGCCCGAGCAGCUGGAGCUGAGCAUGGGCAUGAGCGGCGACUUCGAGCAGGCGAUUGAGAUGGGCUCCACCAACAUCCGGGUGGGAUCCACAAUUUUUGGAGCGCGCGAGUACAAGCCCAAGUCGCCGCCCGCUUCGCCAAAGAAGGAGUAGGAGAGGAGUGGCCAGGGGGGAGUGGCCAGGGAGGAGUGGCCAGGAGUGCGCUGGAGUGGGUGCUUACUAGGAGUGGAGCGAUGAGAGCGCGAGGCUGACCGCCCGCGGGAGUGGCCGUGAGUGUCUUGCAACGCCGUGCUAGGAGAGCGAUGAAGGGGGCAUACACGCGUGUGUGUGCAUGGUAUAGUUUCCGCACGUGUGUGCUCCGUUUGGCAUGGGGCUUGAUUGGGCCCAGCGGGAUGGAAGCUGCCAUUUGUUAGUUGCCACGGAUGGAUUUGGGUUGAUGAUUCAAGGCCGGCAGGUGCCGCAGACCUGUAGAUGCCUGUAGAUGCCAGGCCUGUAUGACAGACAGGCUAUGUAGUGGUCCGAGCCGGGGUGCCUGAGGCCCCAGCCUCGGGAGUGCCGGGGCCGGGGUGGGUGGCAACAGGUGCCAGUCAGGUAGAGAAGUGGGCGAGAGAGUGCGAGAGCGCUGUUGAGCGAGAGAGUGCGAGACACAGGGAGCGCUAUCAAUCUGUGUGUUGCGAGGUAAUGGCAGGAGUGGGAUUGUUGGUGGUGCUGCUGUCUGGCGUCUGAAGUCACAGGGACUCACGUCUUCUACAGCGCUUCCAGGUGGUUGACAGAGGCUAAAUGCGUAAAGCGCAUGACGGAGGAAAGUGCCAGGGGCCUUGGGGCUGCUGGGGCACGGGGUGGGCCAGCAGAGUCCUCGCCCACGCGCGACGCUCUCCACGAACACGCUUCCAUACCACCAGUUCAUUUGGACAGUUUUGUAACGCACGCCCCCG